UUGGACAGCUCAAGGACACUUUCUGGUGGAAAAUUCGGAGGCUUCCACUAUCAACAGGAACACGGGGAUGUUCUGGGCUCUCCUACAGUGCAGCAUGUUGUUUGGGAACCUGUACAUUUAUUUUGACUGGAAUGGAAGAACAGAAAUACCAGACAGCAGCAGGAAAAACAUUUUUCUGUCCCUGCUGAUCGCAUCUGUGCUGGGUACACUCAGCUUCCUGGUGUUGAGGAAGAAUCAUCAUGAAGAGGAGAUGCUCUCUGAAGAGGAAGGGCAGUCGCUGCUCUCAGCCGGCAUGAUGUAUAAGCACAGAGCAAAUAACGCCAUGCAAGAUGCAAAAGUGGAAUUCGGAACCAUCUUGGAACUUGUGAAGUCUAAAACUAUACUCCUCCUGAGUCCCUGCAUGGCAUACAGCGGCCUGGAGCUAUCCUUCUACAGUGGAGUGUAUGGAACGUGCAUCGGAGCCACUGCACAGUUUGGAGACGCAGCCAAAGGCCUGAUCGGAAUCUCUGGGAUCGUGGUAGGAAUUGGAGAAAUUGUGGGUGGAGGCUUCUUUGGGUUGUUAUGCAAGAACAAUCGCUUCAGACGGACCUCUGUGGUGUUUCUGGGGAUGGUCGUCCAUUUCGUGGCUUUCUAUCUGAUCUUCCUCAACAUCCCGGAUGACGCGCCUGUCGUCAUUAAAACCAACACCCAAAAGAACCCAUAUCUGUCCCCAAGUGCAUCCAUCGCAUUGCUGUGCAGCUUCCUGCUCGGACUCGGGGACAGUUGUUUCAACACGCAGCUCUACAGCAUAUUAGGCCGUGUUUAUGCAGAGCAAAGCACGCCUGCUUUUGCCAUCUUCAAAUUCAUCCAGUCUGUUUUCGCGGCGGUGGCGUUCUUCUACAGCGGUUACCUCAUGCUGAUGUGGCAGCUCCUGCUGAUGAUCGCCCUGGGUUUCACUGGAACGCUCUGCUUCUUCAUGGUGGAGAGGAUGCAAAACUUCACAGAUUUGCAGGAAUAUUGAAAAAAAAGUGUCAACGGCUUUGUUAGACAGACAAUCAACAACUUUUAUUUGACGACAGGCUGUUUUUUAAAGCGCGAUGUUGCACUGAAAGUCACAGUUAUGUCACAUUCAUAACACUUUGAUAAAUAAAAAAAAAAAAAAAAACAUGUUGCUGUUGUUAAAUAUUUGACAAGUAUUAUAUCGGUGUCAAAUGUUUUAGUAACAUGACACCACACAGUGAUGGUUUGUCAUAUACAUUUUUAACUGCACUCUGCAAACUGAAGGAUCAUGAAAAUAACCACUCAUUUUACUUACUUGCAUUGCUUUUGGCUCAGGUUUGUCAUUUAUUUAGGAUCUGGAGUUUUAUGUUUCAGAAAGUCUUUAAUAAAUCAAGUUGAGAAUCUGACAUUUUAAUUUUAACCGUAAAUAACUAAAUAAUGCUUGACAAUCCUUGUUAUUAACUGUUGUUUUGUAAAUUUUUGCAUAUUAAUGAACUUUCAGUGUCUGGAUGGAUGUCAUCUUUAAUAAAUAAAGUUUUUAACAGUU